GACCCUAACCCCACCACGUGUCAUUAUUAUACAUUCGAUUGUGCCGUGACAACCGGAUUUUUUUUUCCAACUAAAAGAGUGGGUACAGGAAUUUAUUACACUCGCACACACAUUCACACUCACACACUCGUUUUAAAGUCUAGCUAUGGGAACUCACUUUCUGGAUUCAUUUCAUUCACAACACUUGUCUCAUCGCGAGUAGUCGCUUAUUUCCUUGGAGUGCCUUCGAGUAAGACACCGUUCGAUGUAACUGCGUGGUGACAUCGAGAUCUAUAACAUUUUAUAGUGAUGUAAUAGUGCUAAGAACAGGCUUCAAAGAGAUAUAAACUUCCCGAGGAGUGUGAGUGAAAAAGAUGACAGUGUUCUGAUCUUGAACGAAAAACGACGGUAAUCUUUGAAAACAAAAAAAUCUCAUCAUGUGGCCCAAGGAUGUUGGCAUUAAGGCGAUGGAGCUUUAUUUCCCGGCGCAAUACGUCGCGCAGGAGGAUUUGGAGGAAUUCGACGGUGUCUCGGCCGGCAAAUAUACAAUUGGCCUGGGACAAUCACGAAUGGGUUUCUGUACCGACAGGGAGGAUAUCAAUUCCCUUUGUUUAACAGUCGUCAGUCGUCUAAUGGACAGAUAUCAAAUAAAUCCCAAGGACGUUGGUCGUCUUGAAGUUGGCACCGAGACAAUUCUUGACAAGAGUAAAUCGGUAAAAUCAGUUCUCAUGCAAUUAUUCGAGCCCUCAGGCGCCACUGAUAUUGAAGGAAUUGACUCUACCAAUGCCUGUUACGGUGGCACUGCCGCAUUAUUCAACGCAAUUGCCUGGGUGGAGAGCAGCGCCUGGGACGGUCGUCUCGCGAUUGUCGUUGCCGCCGACAAUGCCGUUUAUGCAAAAGGGAGUGCAAGACCAACGGGAGGAGCCGGAGCAAUCGCCAUGGCAAUUGGACCAAAUGCGCCUCUAGUUUUCGAUAGAGGACUCCGUGCAUCGUGCAUGCGACACGCUUACGAUUUCUACAAACCCGAUCUUCGCUCCGAAUAUCCUGUGGUCGAUGGAAAACUCUCAAUUCAAUGCUACCUCAGCGCCCUCGACACAUGCUACGAACGCUACACGUCAAAGGCAAAAACCAAAAACAACGACACAAUCUCCCUAAAGAGUUUCGACUCAAUGCUCUUUCACUCGCCCUAUGGAAAACUAGUUCAAAAAUCAUUCGCCCGUCUUGCCUUUGUCGAUUUCCUCCAACUCCCCCAGGACGAGUCGACAAAACGCUUUCCCCAUUUGACAAAAUUCCAAAAUGCCAAGUUAGAAACAACAUAUUUCGAUCGUGACAUUGAGAAGGCAUUUCUCGACGUCAGCAAACAGGAUUAUGAAAAAAAGACAAAACCAAGUUUAUUUGUGGCGAAUCUAGUGGGAAAUAUGUACACGCCAUCCGUUUAUUCGGGACUCGUCUCACUAUUGAUAAGUAAACCAAUUGAGGAACUCGCUGGUAAUAAAGUGGGAAUAUUCUCCUAUGGUUCGGGUCUAGCGUCCAGUAUGUAUUCCAUGAGAAUUACCGACAAUUGCGCAAAAAGUUCAGAAUUGGCGCGACUCAUUGAUAAUCUUAAAUACGUGAGGGAACAAUUAUCGGCGCGACAACAAAUUUCGCCCGAUGAUUAUACGAGAAUUCUCGAUCUAAGGGAGAAGAAUUGUCACGUUGUGCCGUAUGAACCACGCGAAACUAUCGAACACAUGUUCCCUGGAACUUAUUAUCUCGUUAAAGUCGACGAACUAUACAGGCGAACAUACAAAAGAGUUCCCGUCGAAAAAUAAAAAAAACGUUAAAAUCACAAAAAAAUAGUUAAAUUUGUUCGAGAAAAUUUUGAAAAAAUCCACAAUCUCGUAUAGGCAAUAAAAUAAAUUCAAUUCUGUUUUACCGACACAACACAGAUCGUAAACUCGAAGGAAAAUUUGAAUCCGACUCGAAGAUACCAUUUUGAAACCCCCUUUAAUUUACUUUUUCCUAUACAUCCCCCCUCCUCAAGAAAAUGACUUUUCGUUCCCAGUUUCCCCAUCUGGAAAAUUGUAAAUUUAGUAAAAAAUAUUAUAAAUUUAAUUUUCGCGCGCCAUGUGAAUUUCUACUUUACCGACAGUACACAGAUCAGAAACUCAAAGGAAAAUUUGAAACACCUGAGAAUUUCCACAUUGAAACCACUUAAAAUUACUUUUACUUUUACAUCGCUCCCCAAGAGAACGACUUUUCGUUCGAAUUUCCCAUCUAGAAAAUUGUAAAUUAAGUAAAAUUUUCAAAAGUCAAAUUAAAUUUCGCGCCACAUGUGAAUUCCUACCUUACUGACAGUACAUAGAUUGGAAAUUCCAAAGGCCUAAUAAAUACUUUCCCUGUCCUUUUAGAGUUAUAAAUAUUACGAGAUUUGGAAAUUGAAAAAAAAAACAAAAAAAAAACAAAAAAAAAUUUACUAAGUUUUUUUUUAUCUAGCGAAAAUUUAACUAC